CGGCGUGUCCGCUCGGACCGCCGGGUGAGGCUGCGUCUCUGUGUGUCACCGACACACACACACACACACUGAUGUGAACCCUGCUUCGACGUGCGUGUCACGGCUUAAAAAUAGAGGCUAAGCCGUCAGCCGGUCUCGCAGCGGCAGCGGAGCGGGCGGGGGCGGCGGCGGCGGCGGCGGCAGGAGAGUCAUGGCCGUGGCGCUGGCAGCUGCGCCUGCCCUCGGCCUCCGGGACUGAGACCCCGCGUCGCGCUCGCACCGAGCAACAGCCACUGGAGACUGACCCAUCAGCAGCUCGAGGACACGCCUGCAGCCGCCUCUGAGAUGUGCCCUGGUAACUGGCUCUGGGCCUCCAUGACUUUUAUGGCCCGCUUCUCCCGGAGCGGCUCAAGGUCUCCUGUUCGCACUAGAGGGGCCCUGGAGGAGAUGCCCUCGGUUCAACAUCCCUUCCUCAAUGUCUUUGAGUUGGAGAGGCUGCUCUACACAGGCAAGACCGCCUGUAACCAUGCCGAUGAGGUCUGGCCGGGCCUCUACCUCGGAGACCAGGACAUCGCUAACAACCGCCGGGAGCUGCGCCGCCUGGGCAUCACGCAUGUCCUCAACGCCUCACACAGCAGGUGGCGAGGCACCCCCGAGGCCUACGAGGGGCUGGGCAUCCGAUAUCUGGGUGUCGAGGCCCAUGACUCACCAGCCUUUGACAUGAGCAUCCACUUCCAGACAGCUGCGGACUUCAUCCACCGGGCGCUGAGCCAGCCAGGAGGGAAGAUCCUGGUGCACUGCGCCGUGGGCGUGAGCCGGUCCGCCACGCUGGUGCUGGCCUACCUCAUGCUGUACCACCACCUCACCCUUGUGGAGGCCAUCAAGAAGGUCAAGGACCACCGAGGCAUCAUCCCCAACCGGGGCUUCUUGCGGCAGCUCCUGGCCCUGGAUCGCAGGCUGCGGCAGGGUCUGGAGGCAUAAGGGGAGGGGACAGGAGGUCAGGCCAGGCACAUUUGGCCCUGGCUCCCAGCUGGAGAGAGGAGGCCCAGAUAUCCCAUCCUCUCCUGUGGGCAGGAGAGUAAGAGGGCUGGGGCUCCCACCACUGCUGCUGUUGGUUGGGAGGGGAUGGGGGGUGAGGCUGGUUGGUGUGCUGGGCACCCAGGAGGGAGCUGACCGGGGAAGGAAGCAGCUAAAGCUGUAGGUAGAUGGCAGUCCUGGGACUCCGACACCCUGGAUUCCAGCCAGGCUGCUCCCCGUCACCCAGAGCCCCCU